AUGAUCUACGAUGUAAUUGUGAUCGGAGCCGGGUCGGCUGGCAGCGUACUUGCGGCGCGGCUUUCGGAGGACCCCGCCCGUUCCGUGCUGUUGCUGGAGGCGGGGCCGGACUACCCGGACCUUGAUCUGCUGCCCGAUGAACUGAAGCGGGGCAACAACCUCCUGAGAUCCGCCUUCGGGCCACACAGUUGGGAGUACUUGGGCAACAUUACCGAGCGGCAGUCCGCUGCCAUACCUAUUCCGCGAGGGAAGGUGGUGGGCGGCUCAGGCGCAGUGAACGGCCAAGUGUUUCUGCGGGGGAUACCCGAGGACUACGACGGCUGGGCGGACCAAGGCAACGAUGAAUGGGGCUUUGCCAAGAUGCUGCCGUACUUCCGGAAGAUGGAGAGCGACCAGGACUUUCGGGGCGACUUUCACGGUUCCGACGGGCCGAUCCCGGUGCGGCGAUACCGCAGGCCGGACAUGGUCCCGUUUGCCCAAGCCUUCUAUGAGGCCUGCUUGGCCGAGGGGUUCCCGGAGUCACUGGAUGAGAACAGCCCCGAUGCAACCGGCAUAGGUCCCGUGCCCUUGAAUCACAGGGACGGUGUCCGGAUGAGCAUGUCCCUGGCCUACUUGUCCGAGGCGAGGCACAGGCUGAACCUUACCAUUCGCGCCAACGCGCCCGCCAGGCGGAUACUGUUCGACGGUGCGCGGGCGAUUGGGGUGGAGGUCGAGAGCGGCGGGGAAAGGAUGACAGUGGAAGGGAAGGAGAUCAUUCUCAGUUCCGGCGGCAUAGCCUCGCCCCAGUUGCUGAUGCUCUCCGGCGUGGGGCCUGCCGCAGCCUUGGCAGACGUCGGUAUCAACGUUGUCCACGAGUUGCCCGGCGUGGGCCAUAACCUGCGCGAUCAUCCUAUGGCGAUGGCCCUUUACGAGUACCAAGGUGAGUUGCCGGACGACACGGAGGCGAUGAUUCAGACGUUGCUCCGCUACACCACCGAAGGGUCUGCCACCCGGGACGACAUGCACGUAGGCGUACUUUCGCUGGACCCGGCACAUGUGCCGGAGGGGCUGCCGCUGGAUAUUGGAGGCAAGUGCAUCACCAUUUACUCCAGUGUCCAGAACGCCCUCAGCGCCGGGGAGUUGAGGCUGCGGUCCAGCAACCCCGACGAUCCUCCGGUGAUGGAGUUCCGCUAUCUCAGUGACUCAUGGGACUUACAGCGGAUGCGAGAAGGGGUGCGCCUCUCGGUGCGCCUUGGCGACCAUCCGGCGUUCCGGGGUCUCAUCACACGCAGGAUUUCCCCCGAUGACGCCGACCUGGCCUCAGACGAGGCGUUGGAUGCGUGGCUGUUGGACAACAUCGGCACCCAAUACCACACGUCAGGGACCUGCAGGAUGGGGCACGCCGCCGACCCGAUGGCGGUGGUGGACCAGUACUGCAGGGUGCACGGCAUCGAGGGACUGCGGGUGGCGGACAUUUCGGUGAUGCCGGACGUGAUUCGCGCCAACACCAACUGCACCGCCGUCCUCAUCGCCGAGCGGGUGGCGGACUGGGUCAAAGAAGGCAGGUAA